CACACACAACCCACAUGUCUCAGAAAAUUUAAAUAUCUGUUCAGCAUACAUUUCAUCAAUAGAAUUUUGCAGCGCCAGCAAAUUGAAUUGUAACAGAAAAUAAUAUAAAAAAAAAUAUAUAUAUGUAAAAAAUAAAAGAAACAUUUGAAAAAACAAAAAACAAAAAAAUAAAUAAAGCCAAAAGCAAUACAAGUGCUUGGCGCUUCUAAGUGAAUAUAUGGGCAUAUAAAGAGAAUAAGAACGCACUGGAAAUACAAUACAUAAAAUACUGAUUUAAGUACAUAAAAGCCUGCCGCAGACAGUGCAGACAACAAUAAAAAAUCCAAAGAAAAAAAAUCAAAACAAACCUACAAAAACAAAGAGCAAAGCAACAACAGCUUCAAGUGGCUGCCUCUGAAGACGACAAAGCGUUAACAUGAUUUGAUUUUUCGAAAGAGAGCUGCAAAUUGGCAAAUGCAAAACAACAAUGAAAUGCAUGCUCAAUGGAGAAAAGUGGCGCCAGAAGUGGCAAACGCUGGCAGCAGGAGUCGGCGGCAAUUGUCAGCGGCAGCAGCAGCAGCAGCAUCAAGAACAACAACAACAAGUUGCUGGCAUUCGUGUAAGGGCGACAAAACAAUUGCCGCCGUUGUUAUUGAUGCUGAUGCUGCUGCUGCUGCUGUUGGCAGUUGAGCAUGCAAAUUCAACAACAGCGGCAACAACUUCAACAGCAACAGCAGCAACACGCCCAACGGGCACAGUAAAUGCGCCAGCAACAGCAACAACAACAGCAGCAGCAGCAGCAGCAUCAGCAACAGCAGCAGCAGCAAUCGCUGCGGCAGCAGCAACAUCCUCCUCAAUGGCCAGUUCCUGGCUAGGAGCAACUUCAGCCCAAGGCAAUCCAUUUAAAAACCUUGUGCGAAUCGGCGAUGGCAACAUCGUCACGCGUACGGCCAUUGAGCAAUCGCUGGUGACAAUACACGACAUCGCCACCGAAAAUCUGGGUACACUGUGCAUCUCCACGCUUUAUCGACCGCUCCAGGUGCCCAUCAACUCGGAGCGGUUCGAGAGCAGCAGACAAAAGGCCGAUUUGGCGGCAUCGAUACUCCAGGAAGUGGGCAUCAUACGACAUGGCGGGCUCUCGGAUGCGCUGGCCAAGGGCUUGCUCACGGAUGAAUACAUAAAUGGUGCACGCAUUUUAGCUUUGAACCUAACCAACGGCGCGGUUCAGUCGUACGUCUGGUGGGUGAAGAGCGGUCACGAGACGCAGCGCUACGAGGAGGAGGGCCUGCAAAUUGGCAAAAAGCCUGCUCACAGUUAUCCCUGGUUUGAUGACGAGAGCAGCACACCGACAUUGCGCUCCCCGAAAUUUGCGCCGAGCCCGCCGAAUAACUACUACAAGGGCUGGUGGACCUAUCCGUAUUUCUCGUGCGCGCUGAGCAAGUGGCUCGUCUCGUACAGCAUCGCCAUACCGCCGAGCGGACGGCACGGAUUGCGGGGAUUCAUCAGCGUGGACAUCGACGUGACCUCGCUGCGGGUCAACCAGUGCGACGCGUCGCCCUAUCGCUUUGGCAGCCAGCAACAGCUGCUGAUGCGGCAAAGGCAGCCGGCGCGACGCGCCACGGCAGCAGCCGCCGCCUUGGGUAGUGCCAACGAUGUGGACACCAUAAAUGAUUUGCAGGCGUUUCACAGCUCGCACAAAUGCCAUCGCGCCUCCAUGGUGUGCGACUAUCGCCAGCCGAGCGCGGAGGCGCCGACAAUAAGCAGCGGCAAAAUAUUGGCGGCCAUGUCCGGCAGCAGCUGGUCACGUGGCGCCUAUCAAUGCCUGUGCAAGCGCGGCUUUUAUUCGCUGCGGCAUCCGGAUGGCUUCAACGGCACCAUCAUGGAGAUUGCCUGGCAGGAGCAUCAGGACAAUAUAAGCAAUUACUAUACGGACGUAUUCAAGUGUUUGCCUUGCGCACCCGGCUGCGACACCUGCACCGGGCCCGAGCCCUGUCUGGCCAAUUAUCAUUGGCCAUUCAGAAUAUCCCUGUUGACCAUUUCGAUUGGGUGCGCCUGCGGCACUUUUGUGCUGCUGUGCUAUCUGUUUCGACAUCGGCGCGUCAAAGUCUUCAAGGUGGCCAGUCCCAUAUUCCUGAUGAUCACGCUCAUCGGCUGUGCCAUUAUGUAUCUGGAGAUGGUCGCAAUUUUUCCAUACCUGGACACCACCUGGUGCAUUGCCACCAAGUGGACGCGUCACAUGGGCUUCUGCAUUACCUACACCUCGCUGCUGAUGAAGACCUGGCGUGUGUCCUUGACAUAUCGCGUCAAGUCGGCCCAUAAGAUCAAGCUGAACGAUCAGCAGCUGUUGCAGUGGAUGGUGCCCAUAUUGCUCGUAAUGCUCAUCUAUCUGGGCACUUGGACUAUUUCGGCCACGCCUUAUGCUGAGGUGAUCUACGAUCAGCAUCAUCUUAAGUUCAAGCAAUGCUCGUACAAUUGGUGGGAUCACAGUUUGGCCAUUGGCGAGGUCUUCUUUCUGGCCUGGGGCAUACGGGUCUGUUAUAAUGUCCGCAACGCGGAGAGUCUCUACAAUGAGGCGCGUCUCAUCUCCUAUGCCAUCUACAACAUUGCCAUCGUGAACAUUGCCAUGGUGGCAUUUCAUGUAAUGCUCUUUCCGAAUGCUGGACCCGAUUACAAAUACAUGCUGGGCUUUGUGCGCACCCAGCUAUCCACGACGACGACCAUUGCCCUGGUCUUUGGUCCGAAAAUUGCGCGUGUCCUCAAGGGCCAGGGCGACAAAUGGGAUCAGAAGGCCAAGGUGCGCAGCAUAACCGCAUCCUUUUCGCUCAACGGCGUUGGCCUGGUGCCCGAAGAGUCGCCCGAUCUGUACCAGGAGAACGAGGAACUCAAGGAGCAAAUCCAGAAGCUGGCCCACCAAAUCGAGUUCAUGAAGACUGUGCACAUGCAGAUGAAUAACCGGCAUCUGAAACCAAAACCCGGUGGCUACUUUACCAUCACAUCGACCUCGUUCCAGGCGCCCUACAGCAAGAACACGGUGUCCACGGCGCAGACACAAACCGGCAAGGAGGACUCCAGCGGGUUGACCGGAAAUGCGACGCCUUCGAAAUGCAAAUCGCCGAAGGGCAAAGUCUGACGCGGUCAACGAAGUGUUAAAGAUUGCUCAAUAAAUGUUGUUGAUAAGCAUGGAAGGGUCGUAGAAGAGGCAAUUGAUUUUAGUUUCUAUCAAGCAGAAGCAGCAGAGCAGCAGCAGCAGCAGCAGCAGCAGCAGGAGCAACUGGAAUCUGAGCUAGAGGGGCAGGAGCACGUGGAACUGGGUAAUGAGGCCGAAUUGCUGCGUCAAUUUCAUCGUCUCUUUGCGCCCAUUGUGGAUGACAGCCUGCAGCUGUAUUACGAGCUAAAUAGCCAACUGGACAAGGAGGAGAGUGGAGAUGUGCAGCACAUACGCAUACAUCGCACCGUGGCGGAGCUGAACGAGCUGACCAGCAGCGAGGAGGAGGAAGCGACGCUAAUCACACAGCUCCAUUCGCAGCAGGCGGAGCAACAACAGCCGCCGGCAACGCCCAGCAGCAGCAGCAGCCACAGCUCCAUAUCGUCCACAUCGAGCAGCUGUUUGUAUGCCAUACACACGCCCCCGCCGCCGGCGCAAUCGCCGCCGUCUGUGUCCAGUGAGCCGCAGACCCUGACGGAGCACGUGCAGGUGCAUGGCCACAACAACAAUGAGGAGGAGGAGGAGGAGGAGGAGCCCAGCAGCAGUAACAAUAACAAUAACAACAACAACAACAACACCUCCUGCUCAUUGUCCUCCACGCUGACGGAUAGCAAAACCUUGGAUGCACGCACGCCCAUUGUGGUUUAGGAUACCCCGAUCUGCUUUCUGCUUCACUUUGUGAUUUUGUUUGCAAAAUCUACGAAACAACAACAGCAACAACAACAACAGUAAUUCGCUUAAACUAGACUUAAAUAAUGUUUGUGUAUAUGUCCCUGUCUGUCUGCCUGCCUGUAAUAUUGUUUAGCUGGAUGCGUUUAUGCGUGGCAGAGAUUCGUGAAAGGAAAGCCCAACGAUGCAAUUUUUUAUAAAUUUUAAAUACUUGACAUUCUUUGAAAGUUGGACUUUUAUGACUUUUACUAAUUUCAAACAAAUACUUAAAUUUUUUUUUAAAUUAUAAUUAAAUUAUUCUUAUCUCUCGAUCUACGCGACGCAUAAUCGCAUUUCGCCCGCUUCAAAUUCCUAAAUUAAUUGUAUUUCUGUUCUGCUUCUUAAACAUGCGCCCAGUUUUAAUCGGUUUUCAAACAUAUUUUCGAUCAUCCAUCAACAGAACCAAAAGAAAAUCAAACAUUGAGCAAACUUUUUUCACUUCGUUCGGAUUGUGAAGGAAGAAUUUGGUGGAGAUACUGGCCUGGUUGGAAGGGGCCAGCUACCUUGUAGAAGGUCAUUUGGUAGAGCUCAUAGAGCUAUGCCCUAGGGCUUAGCCUGAUGUUUCAUUAUUUCUCUCAUGCACCUUAGCAUAAAGUAAUUUAUUAUUUCGACGCACUCACUCACAGUACUUUGUUGCAAUUCGGUUUAGUGCUCUUUAAAUUCUAAGUAAUUAGUCAAAAUUAAUUUACUUAACUCAACAUAAAUCUACUUAAAUGCAGUAUACAUAAAAACUUAAGGUUAGCAAAACGAGUCGAUUUUAGUAUGGUAAAAGCAUAAUUAAUAAAAAAAAAAA